CUUCAACCCCAGCAAGCACCGCACACACCUCCAUUGAUCCUCAGCGCAGGACUGCAGGCACACUAGAAAGCACACCACGCGUUACACAAUACCAUGAGGAAUGCGGCAGUUGACGCGCAGAUGAACGCCGGCGGCGCCUCUUCGUCGCCCACCAUGAUCCCGCCGCCGUUCUGGUCGACGCCGACGCCGUACCUGUUCAUCGGCUUCGCCGUGGUGAUGAGCCUCAUCGCGGUGGCUCUGGCCGUGCUCCUCUGCUCCCGCCGCAGGGAGGGAGGCCGCGAGGACGAGGAGGCUGUCCCGGCCGGGAUGAUGUCUGUGCGCGUGCUGACGCCGCUGGACAGGGAGGUGCCCAAGGUGGUGGUGGUGAUGGCCGGCGACGACAUGCCGUCCUUCCUCGCCAGCGCCACGCCGCUCGACUUCGCCGAGGCGGCUAAGGUGCAGAGGUCGUACUGCCAGUGCGGCGCCAAGGACGUCGCCGCCGCCGUGUAGCUAACCGUGGCUCUCUCGCCGCCGGCCGACGCCCAAGUAUAUAUGUGUCGGUCAAAUCAAACGGGGGGAGUUAAAUUUUGUUUCUUUUAUACUAGUACUAGAAUUAUUAGAUCACGUCAUUUUCCUCCCUAAUUAGUAGUUUUGGUGCAACGAUGCGAAUGCGAUGAUGUAGCCUUGUCGAGGUGGCUUGUUGUUUACAGCUUGAGAGCAUGUAACGAGUGCGCAAUUAAUAUGCUAAUUUGGUUGCAUAA